CCAGUCACAAGCUUGUUCAAGCUUCUUAGCUUUUACUCGACAAAGAAGCUUUAACAUCACAAUCUGUCACUAUUUAAACCAAGAUAUUGUUGUGUGAAGGCUAUCCAUGCUGUAAACGCAGUGCUGUGGCAUCCAGGUGAGUAGAUAUACUCGUGACAAACAGACAAACAAACUAGAGCACUAAAGUGCAAACCCUCGGCUGGUGACAUGAAACCAGAAAUAUAAUGCAGUGCAUAUAGUGAUGUUGUCAUGUAUGACUUGCACAGCAACUCAGGAGCAAUAAAACUAAACCAGACUGGAGGCAUGCUGAAACAUUUGAGAACAGGUAGUGGUACUAUAGAUAUAUGCACUGUGGAUUAGGAUCACAGUAAAGAAGCCUGGAGUCUCAGAGAAGUAUGGCUCCAGGUUCUGUAUGGAGUAGGAUCCCAGUCAGCAGCAGCUAUAAUUCAAACCCUGUUCCAUUGUUCCUGGUAUAUACAGCUUUCUACUUUAGUGACCCUGUUCCAUCGUUCUUGGUACAGGAUCACUUCAGUUAUAAGUAACUCGUGUGUAAGUUCUGUUCAAGCUACAUUUUGCUCGCUUUUAUUAGACAAAGGAGCUUUAACACCGAAAGCUGCCACUAUCAAAAGUACUAACUUGUUGUGUGGAGGCUACUCAUGCUGUAAACGCAGUGCUAGAACAUCCAGGUAAGUAGACCUAGUCACAAGCUUCUUAGCUUUUGCUCGACAAAGAAGCUUUAAUAUCAAAAUCUGCCGCUAUUUAAAUCAAGAUAUUGUUGUGUGAAGGCUAUCCAUGCUGUAAACGCAGUGCUGUGACAUCCAGGUGAGUAGAAAAGCCCAUCACAAACAAACAAACCAACAGACUGCUAUACCCGUGGCCGCCCACGCGCCUCGGGUAACAAACAGACCAACAGACUACUAUACCCAUGGCCGCCCACGCGCCUCGGGUAACAAACAAACCAACAGACUACUAUACCCGCUCAGCACGGCCUCGGGUAAUUAUGUCCAUCACAGACACUGCUUACUUUGUAUUUGGGGAGAAUCUUGAAGUGUACAACACAAACAAACCAGACACAUCAAGAUUUUAUGGAGGCUGGUCUUGAGUUCAUUAAACAAGUUGGAUUGCUUGUACCUCUACCAAUUUUCAAACAUAUCCCAUCAAUAGCCUACCGGAAAUUUAUUCAGGCUACGGGAAAAAUGCGAGCAUUAGGUAUAACCUUGUAACAGAAUAUGCAAGCAGUAAUGGAGAGGAAGGUGGUUGCUCUGAGUGAGGACAUAGCGAGGGGUGUGGUGGAUGAGACGAGGGUCGUGGGGAUUCUGGAGCAGUGGCUCAUUGAAGGGAAGCUAGAACCAGAGGAUGCUCUCACUCAGGCUUGUGACUUGUUGUCAGCUGAGCUUGACACUACCAAGAAUACCAGUACAUUCCUGCUGUAUGAGCUUGCCAAGCAACCAGCACUGCAAGACCAACUGUGUGCUGAGAUCAGGACUGUUCUUGGUGACAAGGUCAAUCCAUCCUGGGAGGACUUACAGAACAUCCCCCUCGUCCGCUACUGUCUCAAGGAGAUACUUAGACUCUAUCCAGCUCUGGAUAUGAACGUGCAGGAAAUCAAAGCAGAUGUUGUUCUCAAUGGCUAUCAAGUCCCAGCAGGGACUUUUGUAGUUUCCUGCAACAGUCUAAUGUCACAAAGCAUAGACUAUUUUAAUGAACCGGAUAAGUUCAUUCCUGAGAGGUGGAAUAAAAAGAACAAGGAGGACUCGAUUCACCCGUUUUCCUCUCUACCCUUUGGGUUCGGACAGAGAGGAUGCUAUGGGCGUCGUCUAGCUGAGCUGGAGAUAUACAUCCUCCUCACCAAUUAAGCUCAUCCCCAGAUUCACCCUCUCUACUGACAAGGACACCAUUGCUCUAUUUCAGGGUACAGUCCUCAAACCAAAUGAACCUGUCCCCAUCACUAUCAAGGAGAGACAUAAUUAAAUUUUACAUAUCACCAUUUAUAUAUGUGUAUAAUCUAGCUAUAAUAAUUACAUAACCUUCCCAACAUAAUUAUGUAUAAUUAUUUUUUUGCCA